AUGGGUUUAUUUGGUAGAACCCAAGAAAAAGAUCCAAAAGAAAUGGUCCAAGAAUGGACCCAUAAAUUAAGAAAAGAAGGUUAUAAUUUAGACAGACAAGUUAGAGCAAUUCAAAGAGAAGAAGAAAAGGUAAAGCGUUCCUUAAAGGAAGCUGCUAAAAAGAAUGACAAAGAUGUAUGUAAAAUUCUUGCUAAAGAAAUUGUACAUGCCCGGAAAGCAUGUAACAAACUGUAUACGUCAAAGGCUCACUUAAAUUCUGUCUCUUUACAAAUGAAAAAUCAAUUAGCAACAAUAAGAGUUGCAGGUUCCGUUUCUAAGUCGACAGAAGUUAUGCAAGCUAUGCAAUCGUUAGUGAGAGUACCUGAAGUCGCAGCUACUAUGAGAGAAUUAUCCAAGGAAAUGAUGAAAGCUGGUAUUAUUGAAGAAAUGUUAGAUGAAACCAUGGAUUCUAUAGAAGAAUCUGAAGACAUGGAAGAUGAAGCUGAUGAAGAAGUCGAUAAAAUUUUAUGGGAAGUUACCGCAGGACAACUUGGAACAGCUCCUGCCGUUGUUACAGAAACUCCUGGUGUGGUUCCAUCUACAUCUACAUCUGUAGAUGUCGAUACAGAGAAUGUCGAUGACGAUAAAGAACUCGAAGAAAUGAAAAAUAGAUUACAAAGUUUACGCAGUUAGUCUUAAUACAUAAAUUAUUUGUGUUGGUAAAAUUCGAAAUAUUUGACACCUUUUAUAAUUGCAAUUUUUAGAAGAAUUAAUAUAGUGAUCAAAGUAACAUUUACUUCAGAUAAGAUUAUCUCGAUUAAACUUUCAACGCAUUCUAAUGCGUAUACAUUCUUUUUUUUUUUUACAGAACACAAUAGGAUUCAAACUAACUAUACAAAUUCUAAGAAUAUGCAAUUUUUUAAACAAUAUUAUUUUAAUACAAGUUUUAUAUGCAUACUUAGCAAUCUUUAUAUCUUUGUUAUAAGUGUUAUAUUUUACCAAAUAUUCACUAUCUAUGUUAAUGAAUAAAUUGAGAAGCUGGCUUUGAAAUAGACACCACUUACACUAAUUUAUUUUGAUAAUGCAUAAUAGAAAAAUACUGCGCUAGUAUAUUACUUGUAACUAAACAACAAACUUUAUCAAAUAAGUUGAAGGAAUAUGUUAAAACUAGUAUUAGUCUUGAAUAAUGUAACAAUAAUUAUAGGAACAAGUACUACUCUAUAAUUCACUCAUGAAAUUAAUCACGAAACAUAGAUAUAUUUAUAAAUAAUCUUGUAUAAUCAGAUGACUAUCACAGAAUGAACUUUCAUUUGAAAUUAUAAUGCUUUCCGGUUAUUUGUAAAUAUUGUAUUUAUAACAGUAUUGUAAAUUAAAACCUAAUUAAGGCUGUAAUCAACUAAACUUUCUCAACUAUUUAAUAAAUGUAUUGUAUAUAAUAUGCUUAUAUAUAUACAUUUCUAAUUA